CUUAGAAAUCCUAGCCUAACGCGCCUCACACGGCUUACAGUGCAGCACAGAAAGCCAUACAGUGUGGGCUUUGGCCGUGGUUAGCUUCGCUGCACAGUUCCGGGAGUAGUGCGAGUCUGCAUACCUUGCAAGCACAGCGAUCCGCAGCAGCUGCGCAGCGGAGGAAUGACGCGGCUGCUCGCACUCCUCGUGGUGAGCGCCGGGGCCAUCAAGCGCUCCCCGCGCGGCGGUGAACGUAGAAACCGCAUCGCCGUCGUCGGUAGUGCCAACCUCGACACGACCUUGGCAGUGGGCGCGCGCCUGCCGACGCGCGGCGAGACGGUGUCGACGCGCGGCGACCCGCUCGUCUGCUGCGGCGGCAAGGGCGCGAACCAGGCUGUGGCGUGUGCGCGAUUAGUCGACGAUACUCUCGAAAUCGCGUUCUACGGUAGAGUGGGAUCGGACACGGCCGGCGAGGUCUUGGUGAAGGAGCUGCAACGUGCGAAUGUCGACAUCAGUGGCGUGCGGCGCGUCGCGGGCGGCAGCGGCCAGGGCUUCGUGCUCUUGGAGGACGGCGGCACGGUACUAAGUGUGGUGAACAAGGGCGCGAACCACGGCUGGGAUCUGCAGAGCUGCGACGACGCCUGGGCGGCCGAGGUCGUCCAGAACGCGCGCGUCGUGCUGCUGCAGCGCGAGGUUCCUGAAAGAAUUAACGAAGUGGUCGCAAGAGCGGCACAAAAAGCCGGCGCUAUUGUGGUGCAGGACUGCGGCGGUGAAGAAAGAGAGAUGAGCGACGAGCACCUCGCGAGGUGUACGUACGUCGCGCCGAACGUGUCGGAGCUGGCUCGCUUGACCGGAAGGGAUCUCGAUAGGAAGGAUGCUUCCGAUGCGGAUGUGGACGCCGCGUGCCACGUCUUGAUCGCAAGGGGCGCCACCAAGGUCCUGGCUACACUAGGCUCGAGGGGAUGUCGCCUCGUCUCGAAGGACGGCGUCGUCGUCGGCGACGCGUGUACGUCAAUAAAGGCCGUCGACGAGACGGCCGCGGGCGACGCGUUCCGAGCGGCCUUCGCCGUCGCCCUGGCGGAAGGUUUGGAUGAAAGGACGGCCCUGCGCCACGCGGCGGCGGCGGGCGCGGCGGCGGUCACGAAGGAAGGCGCGCAGCCCUCUCUACCUUCUCGAGAGGAGCGCGACGCGUUAUUACCUUCCCUGCCCGACGUGCCCCGUGGUGGCGGCAAGCGCAAGUGGUGGUCUUUGAGAGGCGGCGACGCGUGCCCGUGGAAGUUCGCGUCGCGAUUGAAUUCGAUGAAGGACCGGCGCGACCUCGCCGAGGGUUUUAGUGAUGACCCGCUGGGCUGGGUGCGAAGGCAAGGUACCAUCGACGGGUUGGAUUUAGUGGAUUUCAACUUCCCGGAGCACCUUGGUGAUUUGAACGUGGAAGACGUCAGGGCAGCUCUCGACGAGGCUUCACUAAAGUGCGGCGCCGUGUGCUUGCGCUACCCGGCCUCCAAAUUUCGUAGAGGCUCGCUCACGCAUCCUGACGAAAGUGUCAGGCGAGAAGCCAUCAAAUUAACAAUUGAUGCGUGUGUUUGGGCCCAAGCCUUGGGCGCCUCCGAAGUGGUUGUUUGGAGCGCCUGGGACGGCUAUGACUACUCGCUCCAGUGCGACUACGACCAGCUCUGGUCCCGAUUGGUGGCGGGCUUCCAGCAAGUCUGUGAUGCUGCACCGGACGUAAAAGUCUCAUUGGAGUUCAAGCCGACCGACGAGAACACGCGCUUCUUCGCCGUGCCGUCGACGGGGAGUGCUUUGGUGUUGUGCCAGGACGUCGAUCGGGAGAAUUUUGGAUUGACGAUAGAUAUAGGCCACUGUCUUGCUGCUGGUGAGAACCCCGCUCAAUCAAUAGCGCAGGUCGCUUCUCGCGGAAAGUUGUUCGGCGUGCAGCUGAACGACGGGUACCAGCGGAUAGGAGCGGAAGAUGGCUUGGUGUUUGGGAGCGUGCAUCCCACGAUGGCGCGCGAAUUCGUCUAUUGGCUGCGACGGAAUCACUUUGACGGGCAUAUCUACUUCGACACGUUUCCGCGGUCGGAAGACCCGGUGCGCGAGUGCGAGCUCAAUAUUAGGACCGUGAAACGGUAUUAUGGUGAUGCGGCGGCGCUGGAGGCCGACGGGCUCCAGGGGAAUUUGGACGCGCACGACGCCAUGUCCGUGCUGGAGCUCAUGGAGAGGCACGGGAUGAUGUGAGUAAAAAACAACUGAAUU